CUGUUAGGUGUGUGUUUUGGGCUCAAUAUAUACUGGGGAAAUGGGAGUAUAACUUAGUUCCCAGAAGCUUCGACUGGAGGAAAUGUGUGGAUUCAUCUACAUUCUGCAGUUUCACCUCUCUUCAUUAUCUGGCAUCUAGGAGCCAAAGUUUAAUAAUAAUAAUUAAUAAUAAGAGUUCUACAGAAGAGGGUAAGACGCUUGCUUUUUCUUGAUCUGUUAUGUUAUGUCUCUAUCUUCCAAUCAGCAUUAAAAUUGUAUUAUUUAGCAUUGACCAUUGGAAGCUCUGGGUAAAUCAUUAAAUCUCUUUUUCAUUUCCUUGAAGACUUAAAUGGGCUUGUAAAGUGUAAACAAAGCAAUAAAAAAAAUGAAUGAGUCUGAACCAGGAUUUCACUAUUUGACUAUGUCAUGAAAUGAACUCCACUCUUUGGCAUGUGUGUGUCCCAACUUUGUAGAAUCUGUGGUGCUUCUGUUUGGUUUUAUUUUUGGACAGAAUUCAUGGGAGUUCAGAUGAAGCCUGUAUUGCUGGGCGCUGUGUUUGCUGCUGUUGCUUGUACAACAUUCAUCGCUCUGAUUCUCUCUCUUGCUAAUCAUCACACGUUGGAUCAGCCAUACUCAACACAGUUUGGGAUUGUGUUUGAUGCCGGCUCCACUCACACGGCUCUCUUCCUGUACCAGUGGCUCGGUAGCAAAGAGAAUAGCACUGGAAUAGUCUCACAGAGUCUGAGGUGUGAUGUAGAUGGUGAUGGCAUAUCCAGCUAUGUCCAAAACCCUCCAGGUGCAGGAGAAAGUCUUAAGAAAUGCUUGGAUGUUGCCAAGGCAGCAAUACCAUCAGGACAGCAAAGGGCCACACCUGUGUAUCUAGGUGCCACUGCAGGCAUGCGACUUCUUAGCUUAGAGAACCAGAGUCAUGCAGACAUUAUCCUCGCAGAGGUCACCAAAACAAUCCAAAGUUAUCCUUUUGAUUUCCAAGGGGCCAGAAUACUCACUGGCAUGGAGGAGGGGGCCUAUGGCUGGAUCACCAUAAACUACCUCUUCGAGAGCUUUAUCAAGCACACUUUUGAGGGAAAGUGGGUCCACCCUAAAGCAGGACGGAUCCUCGGAGCUCUAGAUAUGGGUGGUGCAUCAACACAGAUUUCAUUCGCCAUCGAAUACCCUGUGAGAGUCCCAGAAACAUCUUUUAAUAUCAAGCUCUAUGGCUACAAGUAUGAGGUGUACACUCACAGCUACCAGUGCUAUGGCAAAGACCAAGCAUUGAAGAAGCUUCAGGCUUGGCUUCACAAGACUGCUGGAGCAUCAUCUGUUGUCAAUCACCCAUGCUAUCACCAAGGAUAUAACUUAACUCUUACUUGGGCUGACCUUUACAACUCUCCUUGUGUGGUCACACCAACCAAUUUUAACCCUACAGCUAAGAUCACCUUCUUUGGGACCAGUAAUUCUUCCCUCUGUCUUUCUCUAAUGGAGAACAUUGUUAACCUAACUGACUGCCCAUUUUCUCCAGACUGUGGCAUUGAUGGGGUCUAUCAGCCUCCUGUAAAUGGUGAAUUCUUUGCUUUCUCUGCAUACUUCUACACCUUUGACUUCCUUGGUCUUGCCCCAAAAGCUCCACUAAACCAGGUUCUUAAUACUAUUGACACGCACUGCAACAAAUCCUGGAACACUCUUGUUGCCCAAAAUCCAAGCAUUAAGGCAAAACAUCUGAGAGAUUAUUGUGCUUCUGCUCAUUAUAUCAUGACUAUUCUUCUGAAAGGACUCAAGUUCAAUGACACCUGGGAUCAAAUCUCUUUUGAGAAACAGGUUGCAGACACAGCUGUUGGUUGGACAUUGGGCUACAUGUUGAACCUGACAAAUCUGAUACCUUCUGAACAUUCCAGAGCAAUAACAGGGGUGUCACACAGUCAAUGGGCUGCUCAAACGUUCUUUAUCGUCUCUGCCCUCUUCCUCAGUCUACUUAUAGUCAUUCUGUUUAUCUGUGAUCCAAAGCAUUAAGGUGUGUAUUUUAUGACUCAUGAGUGUGUGUAUGUUUACUUUAAAAUUUAUCUAUGACAUUUCCGACAACAGACAGGAAGAUCAUCAUUUUGAAGAUACGUCAUGUUCUCUGCACAAAGAGCAAACAAAGAUUAGUUCUGAAGAAUAGAUCAUGAGAUUUAUUUUUCUUGUUUUUCUACCAUACUGUAACAUUUCUUGUGCAAUGUAGACUUGUAGACAUUUGUGAAAAAUUAAGUUAACUGUCACUGGCCCACUGGUGGGUCAUUUGGUUUUUGAAUUUAUUGCACUAUUUUACCAUCAAAUCCUAUUAUAAUCUUGAUAAACUAUAUAUCAUUUCCAUAUUUGGCAACUGUUUUGUGAUAUGUAUUAUAUAGCAACAGAAGUUUAUUAAUUUGUGACAUGAUUAUGCAUCAAAAAAGUUUUUGUGGAGUUGUGACCUUUAUUAGGCGAGACUGCUUCAAUCACUGGCAUGAUGAGAAUAAUUUUUUGUUUUUAGCUCUGAAAAGUAAAUAGUUGUAUAGAGUUAUGUAGGUGUAUAAACAGUCUGUGUUUUGGUUUAUUGUUGUUUUUUAUUGUAUUCAUAUACUCAUGGUAAAAGGCAUUUGUUUUUAUAGACUAUAGGUAAUGUUUCAAAUUAAACAUCAAUAUAAUGUAAUGUUUUGCCAAAAAAAAAAAAAAAAAAAAAAUCAUGUGUUUUUAGUGGUAUUUCUGAAAAUAGUUUUGUUUAUAUCAUAUACUGUAAAAAAAAAAAAAUACUGUAUGUACUUUAUAUGUUUGUUUACUCAGAUCACUCCAUCAAUGGAGUUCUGUGGUACUGCUUCCAAACAAAUAGUUACAGACAGUUCAUAUUAAAACUUAUAAACUCAGAAUUUUGCACACAACUAUGUUAGCCAUAUAGCUUUGAUUUUCUUGCAUUUUCU